AUGGAGGAACCAGGGCUCCAGCAGGGCCCUGGGAGGGAAGAGAAUCUCCUGAGGGUGCUGGAGGAGACCGCUCUGGGGCUACGAGAUCUACUCACAGCCAGGGACCAUCAGGAGGGAAGAGUGGGCAAGAGAAGACGAGUGAGCCAGGGAGAGGAAGAUAAGCUAAGGGAGAAGUUAGUUCAUUUCAGGAAUGAGGGAGAGCAGAUAAGUCAGUCAGAAAGGGUGAAGGAGAAUGAAAGGGGGAUGGAGGGAGGGAUGGUGACCCACGAAGAGGUGUGGAAGGAGAAGGAGAGAGAGGCCAAGUACAAGUUGCUGAGACUCCUCAGGGAGUUUGGAGAGCUCCACACACAGAGAUCUGCUCUCACCCAGUCGUAUGGUUCACUGCUGACAGGUAGAUCAGCUGAUGACCAGGCCAACAUUGCCAAUGCCUGCUUUGUGAGGGCCCCUGGGGACGUGGCCAGGGUCAUGACCUGUGAGGUGGCGGACGCUCUGAGCUCCCUCAUGGUGAUUGGCUCAGAGGAGCUGGUCAGUAGGGUACUCAGGGUCAAAGUUCAAGAUGGAACCCGAUGCCCGUUCCCCGUCACAGUCGCCAUGCCUUUCCGGGCUCGUUACCAUGGAAACUACAGGGAUUUCAUGGUCAAGGUGGUUGAUGGGGAGAAGAGGGCCAGCUAUAUCAGUCCAGUGUCCACACAGGGGAUUUAUGGAGGACAGAUGGGCUCAUUUGCGGAGGUGAGACUGUACUCUCUGGGCCUGUUGGCAGUGGUGUCGUGUCUAAGAAGAGAGAACUACACAGUCCCCCGGAGAGGUCUGUCACUCAAACUCAGCAUGGACCCCCGGGCCUGCCUCGACUACCUCCCAGGAUCAUUCACUGCACCAGUGGUCGCCCAGUCCAUGCUCCAGCCUGUAGAUGCCACCCUAUUGGCCACUCUGAAGUCCAGGAGUGAUGCGUACCACGAGGUCCUCUCCACCAGCCCCCUCCUCUACCUCACCCACCCCUCCUCCCAGGGCCUCCGCAGACCCCUAACCCUCACCCUGCCGUGCCCUACUAACCCAGACAAGAGGAGGGUGGGACAGGGGGAGGAACCGGACCAAUGUGCCCGACCAAUCAGUGCAGUGCCCUCACGAGACAUGCCAACUCUCCAUAGAGUGAGAGCGGUGAGUGCUUCAGUGAAGUUCUCCAGAGAGUUGUCCAAUGGGCUGUUGGUUCUACUGGGCUGGAGGGACGAGCAGUGGAAUGUUCUAGAUCAGGUCAUUGUGAGGAACCUGCAGAAUGGCCUGGUGUCCUUUGAGCUCACCGAGAACUUUGAGAGACUAGUCGUAGUCCGUCUCCUCUCCUCCAUGCGUCCCUCCUACUUGACUACCCUGGUGGAGGAGGUGGAGGAUUCUGUGCAGCGCACCAUGGUGUCCAUAGUGCUCCAGCGGCGGAGGGAGAAACCCCACAUGGCCCUGGUAGCUGCCCUGCCCAGCAGAGACCUAUCCUGGGAGCUGUCCAUACUCCGUGCCCAGGGCUACUGCGGCCCUCCGGAGCCCUCGCUAGAGAUCCCCAUGUGUGAGGGGGAGCAACUGCUCCUGUCCUUCAAUGGGAACAUAACAUCAACAGGGAGUCAAAGCAACCAAAACGAUGGACGGGGCGUAUGUGAGCAAAUCACCUUCCACAGCCAGAGGAAGAACCGCCUCCACCUGUGUCUAACCGAAGUGGACCCGUUUGGGAACUACAGCUCGCCCCACUACAAGGGGAUGGCCGUCUUCCACAAGAUCACCAGGGAUCAGCUGGAGUGGCGAGAGGGCAAGGCUGUGUUAUCUAAUUCUGGGUCACUCAAGGACCCCGUCUGUAAGCUGUCCCUUACGCUGCCUAAGAAAGUGAGGCCUAUAAGUCGACACGUGAGCGCUAAGGUGAUAACACACGAUCAGUCAGAGCCCCUGUCCGACUCCACCCUGCGCUGGCUCUCUGAGGAGCUCUCAGAGGAAAACUUGGCCCUGAUGGUCCUCUCCUUCCGCCUGCGCCGUAGCUCCAUCCAGCUGGUGAGGCUGCAGGCCCCAGACAGCCUGGCCGCUCAGGCCUACCACGUCCUGGGUCUGUGGAGGAGGGCGCUCCCUGCCGCCCCACACCCAGCCAAGGCUGCACAGCUGGCCCGCUGCCUGACCAAGAGCGGUCGGCCCGAUCUGGCCAAGGAGCUGCUGUUACGACAGGCGGCCACCAGGGGGACCCCUGAGGAGCCAGAGGAGUAGAGGUAGAUAAGCAUGGGCAACUCCAGUCCACGGGGGGGCUUAUUGGUUUCACACUUUUCCCCAGCCAUAUAGCUAACAUACCUGAUUCAACUAAAUGCAUUCUAAACUGAAGACCAUAAUUACUUUAUUAUUGGAGAUAUGUGUGUUAGCAGUGACUGAGGCAAAAGUGUGUCACCAAACAGGCCCUUGACAACUCAAGUUGCCUUUCCCUGAGGUAGAUGGUGCUUUCAGAAAAAGUAUGUUUGAUUUGUAAUGCUGUGUGUCCCAGAUGGAGGGAGUUGACAUUGAUUUAGUAAUUGUCAGCCCUGCAAGCGCUGACUUCUCAACAAGGUUUGCCUUCAGAUAUAAACUGAACAGUUAUUUAUCAGAGCGGUCUAUACUAUCAUGAGCUACUUAUAAUGAGUACAUUUAAAAAAAUAAGCUGUAAUGUAAUAUCAUAUAAUGAACGUAAUACCACCUAACACUCAGGACACUCAGAGUGAGGAUACAGGAAUGAUGGGAGGAUGGCAGCUUUAUGUACCAUUAGGAGGGCUUGCUCUGUCGCUGUUUGUCCACACGAGGGAAGCAUCAGCCAGGAAAAUAUGACUCAGUCUAGAGAGAAUGGACUGCAAAUAAGGUUGUAGGAUUUAGCAUUCACCUGCUCCAUCAUUAGAUAACUAUACUUCAUUAGAUAACUAUACUUAAAUCCUACAGGGGGAUUGAAUGAGUGUAAACUUCAGGAAAAGGCAUUUCUCAGUUAUCUGAACUGUGGCUCUACUGUCCACUGUGUGUACAAACCAUUAGGAACAUAGACUGACCAGGUAAAUCCAGCUCUAAGCGAUGA